AUGGAUAUAAAGUCCACAGCCGAAGCUCUGCUCAAGUUUCCAAGUCUUUACAAACUUGGUUUCCACAUGAUUCCUCGCUUUUUCCGACUGGCACAACUUGCUCGACCAUAUGUUGAGUCUCAGAUGCAAGACAAGCGUGCUCCUCCAACUACACUUCCCCCAAAGAUUGUCAAAGUAUUUAUGGGGGCUAUGGAUCAAGAAGAUAGUUCUGCAAUUGAAGCUCUCUGGUCUACCUUCAGAUAUUCAAUCUGGGGAGUGCUAAGUGCAAUUGAAGCCAAGGAGGAAGAUAUCACUAUAUACAAUAAAUUUUCUCUGACUCUUGGAACUUCGUACCGCCAUCUGUAUCCACCUGUCCGAUCAUGCCAAGAUGCUUUCUGUGUCAAUCGUUGA